GCGGCUGCGGGCCGAGCCCGCCCGGGUGCAGUCGCCGCUCCGCGCCACGCCGCCGCGCAGUCCCCGCGCCGCUCCGUGGGCCGCCGGAGCCGCACGUCGGGCCGCCCUCCUCUUCCUCCCCACCGCCGCCGCCUCUCGCUAUGAAUGCACGCCGGGCCCUGCUCUCCGCCGCCUUGCUCGCCAGCCUCCUCUGGGAUUUACCUUGCUGCCUCCCGGCUUCCCUCCCUGCCUCCUCGGAGCUCGCCGCCUCUUCCAAAGGUGGUCGCAGCCGCAGAGCGCCGCGGUCCCCACGGGAGAGCCGCCCGCGGCAAGGGGGACACGCCAUGGACCGGGCGCUCCCACGGGCGGAACCCCACGAGUACAUGCUGUCUCUGUUCAGGACUUACUCUAUCGCGGAGAAACUGGGCAUCAACGCCAGCUUUUUUCAGUCGUCCAAAUCCGCCAAUACCAUCACUAGUUUUGUAGACAGGGGACGAGACGAUCUCUCGCCCGCUCCCUUGAGGCGGCAGCAGUAUGUGUUUGAUGUGUCGACCCUCUCGGAGACGGAGGAGCUCGUGGGGGCCGAGCUGCGGCUGUUCCGCCGGGUUCCCCGCGGCCGCCCGCCGCCCGCCGCCCCUCCGCACGUUCAGCUCUCCGCCUGCCUCUCGCCGCGGCCGCUGGACUCCCGCAGCCUGGACCCGCGAGCGGCCCCGUCCGCCGGCUGGGAGGUGUUCGACGUGCGCCAGGGCCUGCGGGAGCAGCGGCCCUGGAAGCGGCUGUGCCUGGAGCUGCGGGCCGCGGCGGACCCCGGGUCGCGGCGCUGGCUCGACCUGCGGGGCCUGGGCUUCGCCCGCCGGCCGCGGCCGCCGCAGGAGCGGGCGCUGCUGGUGGUCUUCACCCGCGCCCGGCGGCGGAGCCUCCUCGGGGAGCUGCGAGCCGAGCUGGGCGCUCCCCCGCCGCCGCCGCCCGCUGCCCGCCGCCCGCCGGCCCGGCGCCAGCGCCGCACCGCCUUCGCCAGCCGGCACGGCAAGCGGCACGGCAAGAAAUCCCGGCUGCGCUGCAGCAAGAAGCCGCUGCACGUCAACUUCAAGGAGCUGGGCUGGGACGACUGGAUCAUCGCCCCGCUGGAAUACGAGGCCCACCACUGCGAGGGGGUCUGCGACUUCCCGCUGCGCUCCCACCUGGAGCCCACAAACCACGCCAUCAUCCAGACCCUCAUGAACUCCAUGGACCCCGGCUCCACGCCGCCCAGCUGCUGCGUCCCCACCAAACUGACCCCCAUCAGCAUCCUCUACAUCGACGCGGGCAACAACGUGGUGUACAAGCAGUACGAGGACAUGGUGGUGGAGUCCUGCGGCUGCAGGUAGCGGGCGGGACGCCCCUCGGCGGCAGCCGGGUCUGCGUCUGGCGGAGCUGCGGCGGCAGCGGCGAGCGGGGCCCCCGUGCCGUGCCCGGCGGAGGGGAGCGGCGGAGGGGAGCGGCCGCCCGGCGCCGGGGCUGCCCGCGGUGGCGGCGGGGCUACGGCAGCUUCGGCCCGCGGCUGCCGGCGGGGAAGGGCGAGCGGGACGGGCAGGCGGCGAGGCCCCCUCCCGGUCCCUUCCCCGCUCCCCUCUCCUCCCCCGGGUUUAUCUGGCGAUCUAUCCUCCUCCCUCCAAAGGUGAAGGCAAUUUACCAAGUACAAAAAGAGUCGGGGGAGGGAGAGGGAGCAGACUGAUCCCUCUUUCUGAAGUUGCUCUGAAGAGGGCUGUUUCAUUUCUGCCCUCUCUUUCACAUUCCUGCAAGCUUACCAGCCAGAAAUAGCCUAUGUCCCCCCCCACCCCACCCCCCCC